AUGUUGAUUAUCAUUGCCGCAGGGGCAGACAGUGAAGAUACCGCUGCGAAAGUAAUGUCGAAACAGGCAGUCUCUGUUUUACUCACUCUGUCUCGCCACCCCAAUGUUCCAGUACAUACUUUGGCAAAUAUCCACUGGGGCCAUGGAUUUGGAGUGAGUCUGGUUGCGAGUUCUGCAUUGGAGGCGUAUCUUUUGAUAAAUCUGUUUGAUGCAGUCCUUUCUCGCAAACGGUUGAAACUUGGUGUAUCCACGGAGAAGGAGGUGUCCCUCCUUGAAACGCGAUGUUUCCAAAAUUUCGCCAGCAAAGCACUCUCUGACUAUGACUAUCCGGCGCAAAACAUUAUACAUCGAGCAUUCUGGAAUAAAAUGGGGGUCACGGAUUCUUGGACCUACGAACAGGAGAAGAAAGGGUGGGCUGAGAGUGGAGAGCAGGAUAUAAAAGGAGUAAUUGAUCCAUUACGAGGUGAAAACGAGAAAGCCAGGCUGAGCUUGCAACGAUACUUGAAGUCUUGUUUUGCGAUUUUAUAUAUUUAUGAUUUACUGUUGAGGGAAUGGCAUGGGGAUGAUGGAGCUGAUCAGACAUGGGUCUCUUGGAUUGACUAUUUUUUUGAGUCUUUUGGCCACAAGAGGUGA